CUUGGGGGCGGGGCAGAGUCCUUCCUGCUGGACUGCCACGGGCCAGGCUCCCGGGGCUCGAUCGUCCUGCGCCCGCCCGCGGCGGAGCCGAACUCGCCCGCUCCGAUUGUGCUCGGCAGCGGUCGCGGUCGCCGCUGCAGAAACAGCCCACGCAGCAUACGAAUCCUGGUUGGCACGGCGGCUGCAACGCAGAGCUGGAGCUGCCCGAGCUCUGUGCGUCGGGAGUGUGGAGGGCCGCCCUCGGCCUCGGCCUGCAGCAUGCCGGCCCUGUCCACAGGCUCCGCUGGUGACUCAGGUCUGUAUGAGCUGCUGGCUGCUCUGCCAGCCCAGCUGCAGCCACAUGUGGAUAGCCAGGAAGACUUGACCUUCCUCUGGGAUAUGUUUGGUGAAAAAAGCCUGCAUUCACUGGUAAAGAUUCACGAGAAACUCCACUCCUAUGAGAAGCAGAGUCCAGUGCCCAUCCUGCAUGGCGCGGCCGCCCUGGCCGAUGACCUGGCCGAAGAGCUUCAGAACAAGCCAUUAAACAGUGAGAUCAGAGAGCUGUUGAAACUACUGUCAAAACCCAAUGUGAAGGCUCUGCUCUCUGUGCAUGACACUGUGGCACAAAAGAAUUAUGAUCCUGUGUUGCCUGCUAUGCCUGAUGAUAUUGACGAUGAGGAAGACUCCGUAAAAAUAAUCCGCCUGGUCAAGAAUAGAGAACCGCUGGGAGCCACCAUUAAGAAGGAUGAGCAGACGGGGGCGAUCGUUGUAGCUAGAGUCAUGAGAGGAGGGGCCGCGCACCGAAGUGGUCUCAUUCACGUUGGUGAUGAGCUUAGAGAAGUGAAUGGAAUACCAGUUGACGAUAAAAGACCUGAGGAGAUAAUACAGAUUUUGGCUCAGUCUCAGGGAGCAAUUACAUUUAAGAUUAUUCCCAGUGUCAAGGAGGAGACUCCAUCUAAAGAAGGCAAGAUGUUUAUCAGAGCCCUUUUUGACUAUGAUCCUAAGGAGGACAAGGCGAUUCCAUGUAAGGAAGCUGGGCUUUCUUUCAGAAGGGGAGAUAUUCUCCAGGUCAUGAGCCAGGAUGAUGCAACGUGGUGGCAGGCAAAGCACGAAGGGGACGCCAACCCCAGGGCCGGCCUGAUUCCCUCCAAGCACUUCCAGGAGAGGAGAUUGGCCCUGAGACGACCAGAAAUACUGGUUCAGCCCCUGAAAGUUUCCAACAGGAAAUCAUAUGAGGAAACAGUUGAGUGUGAGGAAAUUAAAGAGGAUGCUGAAUAUGCUGGUAACAACAGUGGAACCUAUAUAGAUGCUGUCUGUGCUACAGCUGGUUUCAGGAGAAGUUUCCGCCUUAGCAGAAAAGAUAAGAAAACAAAUAAAUCCAUGUAUGAAUGCAAGAAGAGCGAUCAAUAUGAUACUGCUGACGUCCCCACAUAUGAAGAAGUGACACCGUACAGGCGACAAACUAAUGAGAAAUACAGACUUGGUGUCUUGGUUGGUCCUGUUGGAGUCGGGCUCAAUGAACUGAAGCGGAAGCUGCUGAUCAGUGAUACACAGCAUUAUGGUGUGACGGUGCCCCACACUACCAGAGCGAGAAGAAGCCAGGAGAGUGAUGGUGUUGAAUAUAUUUUCAUUUCCAAGCACUUGUUUGAGACAGAUGUACAAAAUAACAAGUUCAUCGAAUAUGGCGAAUAUAAAAACAACUACUAUGGCACAAGUAUAGAUUCAAUUAGAUCUGUCCUGGCUAAAAACAAAGUUUGUCUGUUGGACGUUCAGCCUCAUACUGUGAAGCAUUUAAGGACACUCGAAUUUAAGCCCUAUGUGAUAUUUAUAAAGCCUCCAUCGAUAGAGCGUUUGAGAGAGACAAGAAAAAAUGCAAAGAUUAUUUCAAGUAGAGAUGACCAGGGUGCUGUGAAGCCCUUUACAGAGGAAGACUUUCAAGAAAUGAUUAAAUCUGCACAGAUAAUGGAAAGUCAAUAUGGUCAUCUUUUUGACAAAAUUAUAAUAAAUGAUGAUCUCACUGAGGCAUUCAAUGAGCUAAAAACAACUUUUGACAAAUUAGAGACUGAGACCCAUUGGAUACCAGUGAGCUGGUUACAUUCAUAACUAAGAGGAAUUUUCAUAGAAGUCUUUUUUAUAGAGUGCAUGUUUAAAUCAGUUGCCAUUUUGGUGGUAGGGUUUUUUUAAAUCUGUAUCACUGUCAUAGAUGUACAUUCUCGGUCAAAAUCGGAUGCCAGUUCUGUUUGUAUCUUUUUACAGCCUUACUGGGAACACAACGUGUGACUCUAAGUUCUAAAAAUCAAAAUUUGCACAUCCUGUGUUCUAAACAAAAUCUUGUGGUUGUCUUUAAUAUAGUUCUGUGUUGUGAGGUUGAAUUUUUAAAAGUGAUGUAGCUAGAGACAUCCAAGUUCUGCGCUUCACCUUGCCUCAGCUGUGGCUGCACCCAUCUGUCCAGUCUGCACAGUGGAAGGUGAAGGUAACUCAGCACCUUGAGCAGCUCCAGACAGACAAGUAAGUCACUCUGCCACUUCCAGGUGAGUCAUCACAGAUCUCACUGGCCUGGCUGUUAGAUGGAGACCUCGUACUAUUCAAAAAGUUCAAAUGUUUUCUUACCUCUACAAAAUAUGUUCACAAUGUGUGCAUUUAAAAUUUUUUAAAGUGUAACUUAACAUUCAUCUUGAGUGAGUAGUCUUCAUAUUAUAAUAUUACAGCUUGAGAAGUCCCAGUGAGCAUAUAUCAUGACUGAACACAUAUUUAAUAAGGGAAAACAAACUUUUCUUGGAUGGAGGUCUCACUGUGUUAUCCAAGCUGGCCUAAAACUGAGAUCCUCCUGCCUCAGCUUCCCAAGUAACGAGAUGAUAGGUGUGCACCACUGCACCCAUCUGGGAAAAGUCUUUUAGGAGCUGUUAUGAAUGUAACUAAAAACCUUUCCUUGUGAUAUAAAAAUGGUGUUAGCUUAGGACAGGAAAUGUUUACAAAGGACAUUUUUAUAUAUAAGUCCUCAAGACACUUGUGUAUUCACUAAAAGCAUUUUGUUUUUAAGCUAGCUUUAGUUUUUCCCACUAAAUUAUAAUGUGAUCCUACCCUAAAAUACAUAAAACAUUUUAUGUGGUAUUAAUGAUACAGUUAAGGAAAACGUGAUCAAUUUUUUAAAUUGGUGCAGUUGAUCACCAUACAUUUAAAUUGUGCUAAGAUGUGUUUUAGAAAACUUUUUAUGUAGCAUUAACAUCUUUGUCAACAAGGUCGUUCUUAACACUGGUCAGAUACCAUCCCAACCUUGCCAUUAUAAAGAAGUUCCUGAAGGAGACUUUGAUUGUAAAUAUUUAGAUAGUAUUGCUCAUUUUUCUUGAAUACUGCUGGUCUUGAAUAAGUGAACUAUACAGUUCAAAAUAGUACAGAUGUCCACAUUUCCCAUAAGGGAAUGUGCCCUGCCAUUCUUGCAUGCAGUAAGAUCCUGCUUAUCGAAAAAAUUAUUGCAUGUGUGACUUUCAUAGAAAAAAUUAUUUUUUGCUGCUUUUAAAGACUUUAGAUGUCAUGUUUAAAGAACAUAGAAUGUAGGGAAAUUUUAUAUAUUUAUGAACUAUUUGAAAGGCAUAUUUUUUUAAUUAUGAAAUGGGGCUACUCAUAAAAAAUUGAUUGUAUAUAGAGAUGAUAUAAUUUAAAAUAGUUUUAUAAAUUAAGGUCAACAUUCCAUGUAAAUAUUUGACCAUCACACAGACAGAUCCCUAAGUGUUUUAUGUGCACUACUCAUUUGGUAGCAUUCUCCACUGGAUUCCUUACGUGUAGAACAGAAACAGAAACUACUCCAAUAGCCCUGAUUACUCACUCACAUCAAAAUAGAUAGAUAAUCAGACUAAAUUACCUAACAACACAAUCCAAAUGUGUCCUAAGUUUGUUAAUUAAAUAGCAAGCCACUCAGUUUAGAAACAGUAAAAGUGAGGAGGAGGUUACCAGAUCUCAUACGAAGCCAUGCUCUGAGGUUGUGUGGCUGGUCUACAACAAGUACAAGCCGUAAGUAGUGGGUUUGGUAGACUGUUCCAUGCUUUGAACAUUGACUGGAAUUCCCAAUAAAGUAAGAGUUCCUUGUACAAAGAAUGGUGGGAAAUGUAUAACAAUACUGGCAAUUCUCUGCCUAAUUUGGGCAGCUCACAUUCGUUACUCUCAAAUAUUUACAUAGAUUUUUUUUUCUUCACUUCAGAUAACCACCUCAGUUCUUUAAUUUGCAUGUAGCGAUAGUGUAGAUGGUAGAAACUGGGUCUUUUUAGGUGGUGGUGGUGAUGAUGGGUAUGUUACAAAAAUGCAGUUGUCCAGACCUCUUUCUCUUUUUAAAAUCAGAACUGAAUAAUAUUUUUAAAAUAAUGAAAGGAAUUUUGAGAAAUGGAAUGGUAACAUAGCCUUACACAUGCUUUUUCUUGAUGCUUAAAAAGAGAUUCGAUUACAAUUUAAUAAGACAGGGCCAACUCCAGGGCUUGCUGUUAACUGUAGUGAAAGCCCUUGGUCCUCUGCUUUCUGCACCUGCAGUGCCCCCUCACCAAGGAGGAAAGCACUGUGCCCCACUGAGCAGCCUGGUCCCAGACAGUGUCAGCCGCUACUGGACAGAAGAGGGAGGAUUGAGGUUUCCAGUGUAUACAUAUGCUUGAAUAUAGAUUAAAAUACACAUAUUUGAAAUACAUAUAUAUGCAUUCAUUCCACAACCAAGAAGGAAAUUCUGUGCCCCCAAAAUUGACAAAUCAGAUUUGGUUACAAGUAAAAAGGUAAAACUGAAAUAUAAUUUUCACUAUACUUUUACUGAUUCAAUGUUUCUAUCUUGGUAUCUUUAAGGCUGACAUUCCUGGCAUUGUGUAAUGAUUGAAUGUAUCUAAAUUGUAAUCAUUUAAAAUUGACAAACAUGUAAACUGCUCAGACUUAUAAAACUGUGUUGUGAAAAUCUUCCUGAAGAUACAGAUUUUUAUUAUUUAUUUUCUUUUGGGACUAGGAAGGAUUUAUAAAUAAAUGAAAUGGAAAAUCUUUGAUCUUAAUAAAGUAUCUUCAAUCAAUGUG